GUCGCGGGGGGGGGUUCCUGAGACCUGUCAAUCAGGCGCGCGGCCGGGUGAAGGGUGUGACGUUCCAGCAGCCAGUGGCCUCUUCACCCUGGUGACCUCUGUUUCGGCUUCUGUAGCUGAGAGACGCCAUGGGGGAUCUGUGGAGGCUUCUGUCGCGCUGGGACCUACCCUGGCAGCGGGAGGAGUUGGGAGGACCCGGGACAUCGCAAAGCCGGGAAAUGGUAAUGGAUAUCCACCCUGUGAACUGCAGACUGGCCUGGAUCUCGGCGGAGGUGGGAAACCCUUUCCUCCUCCUGUCCAGCUGUCUCUGGCCAGUACAGCCUGAUUUGCAGGGUCUCAGCCUGAAGCUCAGAAUCGAGUUUGGGACUGAAAAGGACCCAGUGACCUUUGAGGAUGUGGCUGUGAACUUCACCCAGGAGGAGUGGGCUUUGCUGGAUCCUUCACAGAAAAAACUCUACAGAGAUGUGAUGUGGGAAACCUUCAGGAACCUGGCCUCUAUAGGAAAACAAAAAGAAUGGAACAUUGACGAGGAAUACAAAAACCAGGGGAAAAGUCUCAGAAGUCAUAUGGUAGAGAGACUCUUUGAAAGUAAAGAAGGUAGUCAUGGUGGAGAAAGUUUCAGCCAGAUUCCAAAUCUCAGUCUGAACAAGAAAACACUUUCUGGAGGAAAGCUAUGGGAAAGCAGUGUAUGUGGAAAAGUCUUGAGCCAUCAUUCAUCCCUUAACAGGCACAUUAGAUCUUACAUAAGAUACAAACUGUAUAAGUGUCAGGAAUACGGAGAGAAGCCCUAUAAAUGUAAGGAAUGUGGGAAACCCUUCAGUUAUCUGCAGUCUUUUAAAAAACAUAAAAGAACACACAGUGCAGGGAUAAGCUACAAAUGUAAGGCCUGUGGGAAAGCUUUCAGUUGUCAACGUUCUUUCCAAAUACAUGGAAGGACUCACACUGGAGAUAAACCCUAUAAAUGUAAAGAAUGCGGAAAGGCAUUCAGAUAUUAUCAGUCUGCUCAAAGACAUGAAAAGGCUCAUACUGGAGAGAAACCCUACAAAUGUAAGGAAUGUGGGAAACCCUUCAUUUACCGCCAUUCUGCUCGAGCACAUGAAAGGAAUCACACUGUACAGAAACGCUAUGAAUGUAAACAAUGUGGAAAAACCUACAUAUCUUCUGUAGGUUUUCAAGCACAUGAAAGAACUCACACUGGAGAAAAACCCUAUGAAUGUCAAAAAUGUGGAAAAGUGUUUGUGUAUCACAACUCUGCUAAAAGGCAUGAAAAGACUCACACUAGAGAGAAACCCUACAAAUGUAGGGAAUGUGGGAAGGCCUUCAGUUACCACUAUACUGCUCAGAAACAUGAAAGGAAUCACACUGCACAGAAACACUAUGAAUGUAAACUGUGUGGGAAAACUUACAUGUCUCGUUUAGGUUUUAAAGCACAUGAAAGUAUCCACACUGGAGAUAAACCCUUUGAAUGUCAAAAAUGUGGAAAAGCAUUCAGAUAUUACUACUCAGCUCAAAGACAUAAAAGGAUUCAUACUGGAGAGAAACCCUACAAAUGUAAGGAAUGUGGGAAAGCCUUUUAUUGUUGCAGUUCUGCCAAAAGACAUGAAGGGAUACACACAGCAACGAAACAGUAUGAAUGUAAAGAAUGUGGGAAAAUGUACGUUUCUCUUCUAGGUUUGAGAACACAUGAAAGAACCCACACUGGAGAGAAACCCUAUGAAUGUAAACAGUGUGGUAAAGCCUUCAGUAAUUCCAGUUAUAUUCACAUACAUGAAAGAAUUCAUACUGGAGAGAAACCCUAUGAAUGUAAAGAAUGCGGAAAAUUCUUCAGUUUUCGUACAGGCUUUCGAGUGCACGUCAGGAUACACACUGGAGAGAAACCUUAUAAAUGUGAGGAUUGUGGCAAUGCCUUCAUUUGGCGCACAUCCUUACAAUACCACAUGAGGAAAGUGCACACUGAAUAGAAUCUCUAUAAAUGUAAAAUAUCAAAAGUUUUUCCAUUUUAAUGCUUUUCAAAGUCAUAUGAAAGUUUAUACUGGAGGGUAGUUGCAUGAAUGUAAGUGAUACAGGAGAGCCUGAUACAGAUUAAUGCAGGUAAUGCUCUAGAAGAUUCAUGCCAUGAAAAAAAAUACUACAAAUGUACUGUCUUUAUCCGUGCCAUGUCCUUUUGUUUUCUUCCUAGUUUUUAAUAUAUUUUUAUAUGUGUGUAUAUGUAUGUGUAUGUUUGUAGAGACAGGUAGCAUUGUGUUGCCCAGGCUGAUGGCCAGUUCCCCUGACCUCAAGUAAUCCUCCCACCUCAGCCCCACAAAGUGCUGAGAUUUAUAGGCAUGAGCCACCACACUGGGCCAGGUUGGUUUUUUUUUUUUUUUUUUUUUUGAGAUGAUGGGUCUCGCCAUGUUGCCCAGGCUGGCCUUGAACUUGUAGGCUCAUGAGAUCUGCCCACCUCAGCCUCCUGAGUAGCUGAGGCUACAGGUGUGUGCUGCCAUACCUGGCUUAGUGCCACAUUCUUAAAGUGGAUCUCUGAACUGUGGGUUCCUACUUAUUUUCAUAAAUGAACACUGAGGUGGGAUUAUUCUGCAAAUACUCCUUAAGAAAUAGCCUAGAACUGUAAUUGGUAGUGUGUUUUGCUUAAGUCACUUAAUAAAAUUUUUCCUCUUAAUUUUUUUUUUGAGAUGGAGUUUUGCUCAUUGCUCAGGCUGGAGUGCAGUGGCGCAAUCUCAGCUCACUGCAACCUCUGCCUUCCAGGUUCAAGCAAUUCUCCUGCCUCAGCCUCCUGAGUAGCUGAGAUUACAGGAGGAUGCCACCACGCCCAGCUAAUUUUUAGUAGAGACGGGGUUUCUCCAUGUCCAUCAAGCUGGUCUCAAAGUCCUGACCUCGUGUGAUCUGCCCACCUUAGCCUCCCAAAGUGCUGGGAUUACAGGCAUGAGCCACCAUGCCUGGCCUUGUCUUAAUAGUUGUGUAACGGCUGGGCACAGUGGCUCUCGCCUGUAAUCCCAGCACUUUGGGAGGCCGAGGCGGGUGGAUCAUGAGGUCAAGAGAUCGAGACCAUCCUGGCCAACAUGGUGAAACCCCGUCUCUACUAAAUACAAAAAAAUUAGCCGGGCAUGGUGGCACAAAAAAAUUAGCCGGGCUACUUGGGAGUCUGAGACAGGAGAAUCGUCUGAACCCAGGAGGCGGAGGUUGUGGUGAGCCGAGAAUGCGCCAUUGCACUCCAGCCCGGGCAACAAGAGCGAAACUCAGUCUCAAAAAAAAAAAUAAUAAUAAAGUUGUGUAACUAAGGAAGGGGCCAUUGAACAAUGACAGUUUGGUAUUGGGAGUUUUCUACUGGCAUCCUAUGGCAGGUAUUGAUGUUCCCUUAUCCUUUAUAUAUGUUAUACCUUAGGAGAAAACCUUUAUUCUUUCUGGUUAGAAGAACCUUAUUUUACUUCCCUUGCUAGUGAAUAGUGGGCCAAGGUUAUCAUAUAAUAUAGUCUUAUAUACAUUAUUUCCAUAGUUUGUUCUUUUUCUGGCUAAGAUAUGGAUGACAGACUUUGAAUUAAGAAGUAAGAUCUGGCCAGGUGCGGUGGCUCAUGCCUGUAAUCCCAACACUUUGGGAGUCUGAGGUGGGAGGAUCACAAGGUCAAGAGAUCGAGGCUAUCCUGGUCAAUAUGGUGAAACCCCAUCUCUACUAAAAAUAGAAAAAUUAGCCCGGCCUGGUGGCAUGCACCUGUGGUCUCAGCUACUCAGGAGGCUGAGGCGGAAGAAUCGCUUGAACCCAGAAGGCGGAGGUUGCAGUGAGCCAAGAUUGCGCCACUGCCCUCCAGCCUGGUGACAGAGCAAGACUCCAUCUCAAAAAAAAAAGAAGUGAGAUCUGUGAUAGGACAAUAAAAUCUAGGUUGGAGAUGUCCCUCUGUUAUGUCAUUAUGGGUGACAUUAACUAAAUUUUCUAGAAUCUAUUCCCUUUUGGAUUCCAUGUUGGAAUUCAGCAAUAGCCUAACCGACAUGAAAGUUGGAAGGCAGAACUGAAGAAGGCACUAGUCAGGUUUUGGACCCAUCUACAUGGAGAAGGACAGACGUGUAGGGACAAAUGAAGGCUUGCAGGAAAAUUCAAACUGCAAAUGGAUCUUUGAUGUGAAGAAUAUGGAGACAUCUGUGGAACCCUACCCCCUGAGAAAAUAGAUGUCAUGUAGACAGUGGUAUUUUAAAGAAACUCUUGAUUGUCAGGGCAAAGUAUCAGGAAAACAGGCCGGAAGCCAGUGUCCAUGCAGUCCCCUUGCAGUCAUAAGUUCUGCCUUCCACCUUUCAUGUCAUUAGGCUGUUGGUGAAUCCUAACAUGGAAACAAAAAGAGAAUGGAUUCUAGAAAGUUUAGUUAGCAGCAUUCCCAUAUCAGCAUAACACAGCCCACCAGGCAGCUAAUUCAAACUGUCAUGGUUGAGGGUAUUUUCUGUUGUUCUGACUCCUCUAAUCUCUAGAUUAUAUUCAAAUAAGGUCUAAUUUGCUUUGUAAACACCUAACUCUGUUAAUACUGGUAAAAACUGUGUUCCUGAUUUCCCUGUGACAGCUACAGUGACACAGUCACAUAGAACCACAUGGGGACUUGUUCCUCUGUUACAUUGUGCAGUAACUGCUCUGACACAGUCUAUGUGAGAACAAGUGUCUUAUGUAAGGCAGAAUGGGAGAAUUUCCAGUUACAGUCGAAUAUGAUUGUGUACACAUUCUCAUUUAUGUGUGUACGUGAUUAAAAAGCAAUGCAUUUUAUCAAACAGCUUCUGCAGGUGUUUCUUUGAAAUAUUUUUUUAACUUUUAAAACAACUUGUAUACUAAUAUUAAUAUUUUCCAUUACAUGAGAAUAUAUAUUAAAAUAUUCCACUGCAAUUAUGCAUUUUCAGGUCAACUUUGUAAUUUUUGUCAGGGGAUUACACAUCCUUAAUAAUGAGUCAGUAUUACCAUUUGCAUUUAAGCUUUUUUUUUGUUUUUUUGUUUGAGACAAAGUUUUGCUCUUGUGCCUAUCUGGAGUGCAGUGACACAAUCUUGGCUCACCACAACCUUCACCUCCUGGGUUCAAGCAAUCUCGUGCCUCAGUUUCCCAAGUAGCUGAGAUUAUAGGCAUGCACUACCAUGCCCGGCUAAUUUUUUGUGUUUUUAGUAGAGGUGGUGUUUUUCCAUGUUGGUCGGGCUGGUCUUGAACUCCCGACCUUAGGUGAUCCGCCUGCCUUGGCCUCCCAAAGUGCUGGGAUUACAGGCAUGAGCCACCGUGCCCUGCCAAGUACUUUUUUUCUUUAAAAAACUGUUAAAGAAAAUUUAAAGGAAAUUUUUAUUUUUUAAUUCUUACAUGGGCAUAAUUUUUCUUAUGAAACUAAUUUCGCAUUUAUAAUAGCACAAAAACAAAGCAUGUUUUGAGCCAUCUUGCCAAAGACCACUAGAGUCACACAGUCAAAGAAUGGCACGUAAAGAGUUACUGCAAUAAGGAUGAACACAAAGCAUAAGUGACUGAGGGUCGUCAGUAAGAGGCUGCUCAAGAGGACUCAGAGGGUUUCUCUGUCUUUUAGGUGACUUAAUUGCUGUUCAACAAAGUGAGCUGUUUGUGUUGGAUGCUGUGAGGUGAACUCACUUCCAUCCUUGGAAAUUCUAAUCGUUCUUAUCUAGGAGGCAGAAUUAGGGUGCUAACCCUAAUUCAUAAGAAGCAUAAGUCAUAUUAGAAGAGAUUUCUAGUCACUCUUAGGGUUUGGAGUCUGUGUCUUUCAGGUCACAGAAUUCCAUUUUGAUCCAUCUGGUCGCCUGGUGGCUUUGUGUGAUACGGUAUGUUACAGUUUUCCGCAGGGUAGGACUUGGCCUUCUGCUGAGUUGGGGAGCAGCUGUCACUGGAACAGCGUCUGCUUUUCUCAUUGUCUAAACACGGAAGUAUUUCCUACGGUAUAAUGGACACUGUUAUCUAUAAAGUACCUCAGUUAAAUUGUUGACCAAAAUUAAGUCUGCUGAGUCCGAAAUAAUUUGAUAAAGGUUUAUCAUAGCCAAAUGUGAGGAUCAGCCUGGGAAGAUACCAGCAAAGUUGGGUAUCUUCUAAAGUCUGUUUGUUACAAGUUGGAAUGCUCUUAUAAGAAAGUUUAGGAGGCCAGGUGCCGUGGCUCAUGCCUAUAAUUCCAGGUACUUGGGAGGAUUUCUGGAGGCCAGGAAUUUGGGGACGAACCUGGGCAACAUAAGGAGAAUUCAUGUCUAAAUAAAUAAAAAAAUAAAUUAUAAGCUGGGCAUAGUGUUGCCCAAUGUAGUCCCAGUACUCAGAAGUGUGUCCGGAAGAUUGUUUGAAUCCAGGAGUUCAACACCAACCUGGCAACAUAAUGAGAACCCCCAUCUCAAAAAAACUAAACAGUUAAGAAAAAUAGACUGAUGUCUGUAAGGGGUAAAAAUAAGAAAAAGUAAAUUUUAAAAACCCUGGUCAUUUUUUUCAAAGACAUACAGAUGGCCUGAAGGCAUAUGAAAAGAGACUUAGUAUCACUAAGCAUUAGAGAAAUUCAAAUCAAAACCACAGUUACAUGUUACCUCAUACAUGGAAGGAUGGGUAUUGAGAGAUUAGUGUUGGUGAGAGGAUGGAGAAAAAGGAAGCUUUGUACACUGCUGCAGAAGUGGACAUUGGUACCUCCUUGUGAAAAACAAUAUAGAGGUUCCUCAAAAAAAUUGAGAAGAACUACCAUAUGAUCCAACAGUGUCAUUCCUGGGUAUAUGUGUAUAUGCACAAAGGCAGUAAUCAGUAUUUCAGUAUUAUUUACAGUAGUCAACAUACGGAAACAAACUUAGCAUCCAUCAGUGGAUGAAUAAAGAAAUGUGAUGUGUAUUUAAACAAUGGAGUAUUAGCCAGAAAAAAGAAGGGAAUCCUGAUAUGUUACAACAUGAAUAAACCUGGUGGACACUAUAAGAUAAGGCAGACAUAGGAAAAUACUGCAUGAUCGCACUUAAUCGUGGAAUCUUAAAAACUCAAACUCAGAGGCAAAGGGAGGAACGGUGGUUACUAGAGGCCAGAGGGCAGGGAAGGUGGAGAAAUGUUGGUCAAAGGUUAAAAACCAAGUUGUAAGGUGAACAAGUUCUGGAGAUUGAAUAUAUAGCAUGGGUGGUCAUCAAUGUUUAUACUUCAUUUGACUGUGGUAACCAUUACAGAAUGUAUAUGUACAUCAAACAUAACAUUGUACGUCACGAAUAUAUACAAUCUUUGUCAAGUAUUUUAAAAUAAAAAAAUGUUUACUGAA